AUGUUGCCGACAAAAGGACAGAUGAAGGGGGCGGAGGUUGGUGGCGCUGGGAAGCACAGCAGUCCGACGUGUAUGUUCCGGCGAGGUGCUUUUAAGAGGUUCGAGAACUUACCAAUUGCACUGAAGACUGAGAUUCUGAGCCACUUAGACCGAGAAGACCUUCUCAAUUCCUCCGGCAUAUCAAAAGGUUGGCGAACACUAGCUAGGGAUGAAUUUUUGUGGAGGAGAUUAUGGGAAAGAGAUUCAGAGAGUUUUGGGAGGAUUAACCCAGAUCUAUUUGGUGAACAUGGAGAAGAACCGAGUUGGAGAGAGAAAUACAAGAAAAACUACCGUUCUAGGUACAAGGUUCUUCUCUCAAACACCCGCUGCUGGUGCACCAGAUGCCAACGACCAGUUUUCACUAUGGAUAUCCUGUUUGAAAUUUGCAUGGAUGGGGAGCUUCACCAGUGCCUCCCCAUGACACCAGGACAGAUCUCUCGUUAUGUCAGCAAUGGUGACAUACCGGCUGCGAAUUAG